AUGACACUAGACCUUCAACAGUCUCCUAACAAAAUAUUGUGUCGUUCCUUCCCCACCACUCUCAAAGGAGCUGUAAGGGAGUGGUUCACCAAGUUACCAACAUCGUCCAUCAACAGUUUCGAGCAGUUAAGCAAUGCCUUUUUGCAGCAUUUCGUUGGGGGACAAUGCCCUAAAAGGCCAACAGAUCACUUACUCACCCUUAGACAAAAGGAGAAAGAAACCCCGAGGUCGUAUGUGAAACACUUUACUCGGGAGACUCUAGAGGUAGACAAAGCUGACGACAAGAUGCAGUUGAUGACCUUUAAAAUGGGGUUGAAGUCCAGAGAGUUUGUGGUUUCACUUGCGAAGAAUCCUUCUAAGACAAUGGCGGAGAUACUCCUCAAGGCAUAG